AUGUUCUCCCUUCGACGUAUCCUCAGUGCUCCCAGCGCUCUCCGCCAGCUGCUCCCCUCUUUUUCGCGUCGAUCCUUCGCAAGCACCACCCCAAUCCGUCCUUUCUCGCACAUGAUUCAGAAUAGCCUCACCAGGCUACGCGCUUCAUCACAAACACAUAAUGCUGUCGCGGCCACAGUGGGUGCCUCUCGCCAGAUUGAGCAGGUUCGCGGAAUGAAGACUCGGUCUUCCGUCAAGCGGCUGUGUGAUGGUUGCAAGCCUGUGCGAAGGAAGAACCGAGUCUACAUUAUUUGGUAA